AUGGAAAAAUACUUGCCAGUUUCCAGCUUCUUCCACGCCGUCUAUCUUGUCGAUUUCUCGCCCUCUCUGUGCCAAGUUGCCCGAACCAGAUUCGCUCGCCUCGGAUGGAAGAAUGUCAAGGUCGUCUGCCAGGACGCUCGCACCUUUAAGCUCAGCGACUACGAAGAGAGUCUCAACGACGAAAGCGCAGUUUUCAGCAUUGGCAAGAGUGCACUCGACGAGAGCAGUGCCGCCGACAAUGUCGGUGCAGAUCUUUUGACUAUGAGCUACAGUCUCUCCAUGAUCCCCGAGUUCCACCCCGUCGUCGACUCCCUCGCCAACCUGCUUGCAUCCAAUGGUAUCAUGGGUGUUGUAGAUUUCUACGUCCAGAACCAGAUCCAGUUUCAGUCUCGCAACUAUGUUGGUGGUGUCAUCGAUCGUCACUGCAUGUGGAUCUCCCGUGUCUUCUGGGCUGCAUGGUUCGAGAUGGACAGAGUAUUCUUGGACUCUUCUCGUCGUGUAAGUGUUCAUUGCCAAGAUUGGAACUCGCAGACUGACUCUUGCAGGNAUUACUUGGAGUAUAAGUUUGGCACAAUCUUGACUGCCAACGCUCGUAACCACUUCUUCGGCUUCAGAAUUCCAUACUACAUCUGGAUCGGCUGUGCCAAACAGACCAAGUCGUCCAUGAACAAACUUGCCGCUCUCGAUGCCGCCGUAACAGAAUCUCCCUUUAUCAGCGCUUUGGACCUCCAGCGCAAGACAGUCGGAGGUGUACGUAGAGCUUCCUCCUCCGAGCGUCGCUCAAAGGCAUACGAGUCGGCCAUUGUCAACCUGUCAGCAAGCCUACCUCUGCCCGCAGCAUGGUACCAGCAACAUCACUGGCGCAUCUACUACGACGAGCAAUUACAAAAGCAUAGACAGUUCGGUGACGAGUACAUCUAUGCCUUCACCUGGGAAGACGCCCGAGUUGAUGCACGUCUCCUCAAAAUCACAUCCGAAGAUGUCAUCCUCGCCAUCACCAGUGCAGGCGACAACAUUCUUGCGUAUGCCCUCGAACAACCCAAGCGUAUCCACGCCGUCGACCUCAACCCAAACCAAAACCACCUUCUCGAACUCAAGGUCGCCGCUUUCACCGCCCUCGGCUACACAGAGGUGUGGAAGCUGUUCGGUCAAGGCAAACACGACGAAUUCCGCUCCCUCCUUAUCAACCACCUGAGUCCCCAUCUCUCAUCCCAAGCCUUCGACUACUGGCUCCACAAGGGCGAGGCCACUUUCGGCACCAAGAGCCGCGGUCUGUAUUACACCGGAGGCUCUCGCCAUGCCCUGCAACUAGUCCAAUGGCUAGGCCGCCUCCUCGGCAUCCGCGCCGACCUCGAAAACAUGUGCAAAGCCGCCACCCUAAACGAACAGCGCGAGAUCUGGAGUAAACGCGUGCGCAGAGUGCUACUCUCCCAAUUCCUCAACUACACCGUCAUCGGCACCGAAAAGUUUCUCUGGAAAGCACUGGGUGUACCUGCCAAUCAACGCGCAAUGAUCGAUAACGAUUAUCUACGUCAAACCGACCGCGCAGACGCAAAAACACUCACGGGUGUCAAGUCCGGGCAAGCGAUUUGGGAGUAUGCGGUUAAUACUUUGGACCCUGUUGUCAACAAUACUCUGGUGUCGGAGGAAAACCCAUACUACUUGAUUUGUCUGCAAGGACAGUACACCCAGCGCUGUCACCCAGAAUACCUGGCCCCUAGAGCACACGUCAAACUCUCCAAACCCAACGCCUUUGACGGUUUACGCAUCCACACUGACGAGCUGUGUGAAGUAAUGGCACGCAUGGCGCCCGAAACCCUCACCAUCGCCGUCUUGAUGGAUAGUAUGGAUUGGUUCGACCCCAACGGCCCUGAAGCAGACCACCAAGUCAAGAUCGUCAAUCGCGCACUCAAAUUUGGCGGUAGAGUGUUGUUGAGAUCUGCGGGCUUGAGGCCUUGGUAUGUGGAUACGUUUGAGAGCAGAGGGUUUGUUGCCAAGAGGGUUGGUGCGAGGAUUCCUCCUGGCUCUUGCAUUGAUAGGUAUGUUUUGUGUCCCCUGUGCCUGCGACUUUGA